AUGGUCGGGCAAGGCUCUCGCUCGGGGAAGAAACAAAAGCGGGACGAACCAAGUGACUCCGACGAGAGCGAGGAAGAGCUCCAAUCGAUCCAUUUCUUCAUCCCCGGCGAGGGAAUUAAUGCUGAGGUGCUUGUGGAAUACAUCAUCCAAUAUGUCGACAGGACGGCGAAGAUUACAUCGAGCCAUCAUCCAACUGACAAAACACGGACGGGCUUUAAUGUUCUCGCAAAGAAAACCCUCAAUGCCGUCAGCCUCCGCGAUAUUAUCAAUGACUCAAAAGAUUGGGACUUGGAAACACAGAGCAAAAUAUUCCGCAAGCAUCCGUAUCGAUAUUCAGAGUCAGAUACAGCGAAGCGACGCGCCCGUCAAGGAGCAUCCGAGGGCGGGACGACUCGACCAGCAGCAAGACAGCAACAACGGACAUCCUCGGGCGAGCCAACUCAGGGUUAUCGAGGGGAAAGACCCUCCGGUCCGCAGCCGAGCGUGCGUGGCGUCUCUGCUCAGUAUGGGACAUAUCAGUCUUCUCAGCCUCAUCCAUAUCAGAGGCCCCCGGUUGCCUACUACCCGAAUUCGUCGAGGCCGGGCUCGGCGCAGGAAACUUACAACAUUUACAACACAAUGGCAUCGACGUCUUACACCGCGAAUUCACCUAUGGCUGGCAUAGCAACAUACAUGCCCAACCCUUAUGGCAGUCUUACUUAUUCUACAGCGUCCAGACCAACAGCCCUCGACUAUCCUCCUCCACCGUACGAGCAAUCCAAUACAAAGGGGCCGCCGCGACCUCAUGCGCCAGAGCAGCCCGAUCCUGAUACGUUUGACCAGGAUAGCAAGCCAAGCACAAUCGAGCAUACGGACAUGACCUCACUACCUCCUGGAGAAGAGCCUGACCGAUCGUACCGUUCUCAGACUCGAAGGCGUUCAAGUUAUGAAGAUAUGAAGCGACGGCCAAGUCAUAGAGAGUAG